UGGAGUUGGACUGUUUGAGGUUGUGGACAGGUGUCUUUUAUACUGAUAACGAGUUCAAACAGAUGCCAUUAAUACAGGUAACGAGUGGAGGACAGAGGAGCCUCUUAAAGAAGAAGUUACAGGUCUGUGAGAGCCAGAAAUCUUGCUUGUUUGUAGGUGACCAAAUACUUAUUUUACCGAGGAAUUUACCAAUUAAUUCUUUAAAAAUCCUACAAUGUGAUUUUCUGGAUUUUUUUUCUCAUUUUGUCUCUCAUAGUUGAGGUAUACCUAUGAUGAAAAUUACAGGCCUCUCUCAUCUUUUUAAGUGGGAGAACUUGCACAAUUGGUGGCUGACUAAAUACUUUUUUGCCCCACUGUAUGUGUCCCUGGACCACAAAACCAGUCAUAUGUCACACAGGUAGCAAAUAGUGAGUUCCUCAAAUGUGAAUUAGGCCUAUUUGUAAAUUGACUGUUAAGAUAAAACAUUUUGCACAGUUUGCUAUCUGUGACACCAUUAUAGCCACUGGAUGCCUGUAUAUAGCUGUAUGUAACAAUCCCUAGUUGCUAAGAAAUUGUCAUCACACAUAAAUUAAUUUUAUUACAUUUGGAUUUGGAUACAUGUUUAGAUAUUAUCAAUGGCUGCUUUUUGACUUUAUCUGUUUUUUGUUUUUUUUUUGUUCAAUUGAUUUGUUGUGUCAGUUAUUGCAUUAUUAUUUCAGUCAAACCUAUAAAAUCUUUUGUUACCCCAAAUAGGCCUAUAAAAACCUGAUCAGUGACAUAAAAGUAAUCAGAAUGCAGCUAGUAGUUCUUUUAUUACUCAUUGAUGUGUGAACUUCACCUUUAAAUAACGUGACGCUCUGCCCUCUAUAUGUAUGACGCUUCUCCUUUUAAGCGCUGAUGGAAGCGAAUUAUUAUUAUAAUUUUUUUUUUUUUUGGAAGCGAAUUAAUUGAUUCAGCAUUUUGACACUUCCGUCAGGACGCGUUAAAUUUGACAAAGCGGUUUAAUAAAGUAUGUAUUGAUUUGAAAAACAGCAAUACGUACGUACCAAUAUCUACGUAAUAAAUACGUGCCAGGGUUCACAUAUUGAACCUGUGUUUUAGCGCCACUCAGUGAACAUUUAUAUUUGAAACUGCGGCGAAACGUGCAGCAAGGUACGUAAAACGGUGUCGCACAAAAAGUGCGCAGAGGUACGUACCUUAUUACAGAGUUUGGUGCCCUUUCCGGAUACACAGUUAACUUGCAGAAAACUGAAUUUAUGCCAUUAUAUGUCGACUGAGGUUUUAUUAAUAGUCUCCCUUUUAAAACUGUAAGUGGAUUAAAAUAUCUUGGUAUCAUUGUCCAUUAUAAAAGUUUGUACGAAACAAACUACAAAGUCAUGAUAGAUAAACUGAAGAAAAAUAUAGAGACUUGGCGAGUACUCCCUUGAACAGUGAUUGGUCUUGUUCAAAAUGGUUACUUUACCUAGAUUUCUUUAUUUGUUUCAAAACGUUCCUAUCUUUUUAACCCAGUCAUUCUUUAAAACUCUUGAUACUGUGAUCAUGUCGUUUAUCUGGGGAUAUAGAGCUCAUCAUAUAGCCUAUCUAAAGCGCAUAUUUGUAAAACAAAAGAGGUAGGAGGCCUAGGUCUUCCCUGUUUUCAGCAUUACUACUGGGGCACUAAUGUAUUGGUGGAUUGCAUGCCCCGGGAAAUCGAACGAGCUUGGCUGGAUAUUGAGCGGGAUAUACAGGAAUCCUCCCUCCCUGCUUUACUUUUUGCAGAAAACAAACCUAUCAGAACAUUUUAGAAAUGUAACCAUAUUGUUGUAAAUUCUCUUAAGAUUUGGUAUCAGCUCAGGAAAAUCUUUAAACUCCCUCAAAGUCGGAUAGAACUUUUUUAUCAUGGAAAGAAAAAGGAGUUCUGAGAUUUAUAUAUAGACAAUGUAUUUGCUGCUUUUGCUCAGCUUAGACAAACAUUUGGGCUACCUUCCUCUCAUUGUUUCAGAUAUUUACAAGUACGGAAUUAUGUUAAAAGCAAUAUCUCUAAUUUUGAAGUUUACAAGUCCCCUGAAUAUCUUUAUUUAUUUAUGAUCUCUGAACUCGACGGGUCUUGUUUCUAAAUAUGUUGAAUAUUUUAAUGAUUCUAGAACUCCUUCUACUCAAGGACUUGGGGAUAGAUAUUUCAGAAGAUAACUGGACUAAUGCCCUCCAAGGUAUUAGGUCUUGUUCCGUCAACUCUAAUUUGCAGUUGAUUCAGUAUAAAGUUGUCCAUAGAUUGCACUACUCUCGUACCAAAUUACAUUCCAUAUAUCCCUCUGUGUCAUCUUUGUGUCUUAAAUGCAAGUCUGAUGAGGGUACAUUGGCUCAUUUUGUGUACAUUUUGGACAGAAGUUUUUUUCUUUCUACUCAAAGGUACUUGAGAUUGAUUUUCCUCUUAUGACCCUCUUAUUGCAAUAUUAGGCUGGGCCCCCUUCUUAGAGAAGUAAAUAGUUUAAAUCAGAUCCAAACAGUUCAAUAUGGCAUGACCUUAGCAAAAAAGACAAUUUUGUUGAUGUGGAACAAAGAGUUUGCACCUAAAUUUUAAACAUGGCUCACAGAGCUCAGUAAUGUGUUACAUAUGGAAAAAAAAAAUGAUUUGAGAUUGCGGGUAAACCAAAGAGAUUCAUACAGAUUUGGAAAUCCUUCUUUGAAUAUUUGGAAGGUGUCCAAUGAUAACUGAAUUUAACCUUUUUCUUUAAGUGGGGUGGUUAAUUUGACAAAAUAGCAGUGUGUAACAAUUAUAUAUUUCCACAAUUGGGUAUUUAUUGAUAUAAGAUGUUCCUUGUUUUUUUUUCAAAUGACUAUGUGUAUAUGUAGAGACGGCUGUAGGCUAUGUGCUUUUGUAUAGGUACACGAGUAUGAUGGCUGUAUGUCUAUGGAGGUGUAUAUAUAUAUAUUAUAUGUAGGUGUAUGCAUAUCUGCAUCAGUACAUUGAUUACAAUGUCAUUACAAUUUUUAAUUAAAUUUUCUUUAUUAAUUUUUUCCCCCUUUGAUUUGCUGGCAUGGGGGUUGGGGGAUUGUUCUCUGAAAUGUGAAAAGCUUAAAAUAAAACAAAAAUAAUAAUAAAAUACUUGUAAAAAUGUUACAGUUUUUGUAGCCAUAAAUGUGUGUCUGUGCAGAAAUUGACCUCAUUUUGUUUUCGCUUCUAUAGCCCAGGGAAUUACCUUCCAUUAUCCCCACAGAAAUUAAUCCUUGGUAACCAGGGUUUUCUCCAUGGGUGAGCGGUCCCUACCUUGCCUACUGUAUACACCUGCUUUUGAUAGUUACAUCUGAUACGGUGGCAGUAGUUUCUUGCAGGUCGGGUUUCAAACUGAAAAUGGGAUUUAAUAAACCUAGGAUUCUGAAAACAAUUCCUAUUCUUUCCUUUGGUACAACGCUGUCCAUCAUCCUACUGAUCUAUCCAAGGAAGAACUGCCCUUCUAAGGGGAAACUGGAAUUGAAUCACUUACUAAAGCAGAAUGUUGGAGAACUACAGGCUUGUUCUGCUAUUAUCCAAGCAGACAUGGAUGGAGUGGACAAAGAUGUUUUCAGGAAGCUCCUGGCUUCUAAAAAAAGAAAACUCCUGCUAUCAGAGUCAUUCUACCUCAACGCAACCAAGGAUUGUCCAUCCUACAUCCGAGACAGAGGAUUUCUAACCAUUUCUCUCAGUAAAGAAGAAAAAGAUUUCCCCAUUGCUUACUCCAUGGUGGUCCAUGAGAAGAUCGAGAUGUUUGAAAGGCUCCUGCGAGCCAUUUACACUCCUCACAAUGUGUACUGUGUUCACAUGGACCAGAAGUCUCCUGAGAUCUUUAAAGAAGCAGUAAGGUCCAUUACGUCCUGCCUGACCAAUGUGUUUGUUGCCAGCAAACUGGAGCAUGUGAUCUACGCCUCCUGGUCUCGAGUUCAAGCGGACAUCAACUGCAUGCAGGAUCUGCUCAAGUCACCUGUCCAGUGGAAGUAUCUGCUCAACACCUGUGGCACUGAUUUCCCCAUUAAAACCAAUGCAGAAAUGGUCCAGUCUCUAAAAUACCUGAAUGGAAAGAACAGUUUGGAGUCUGAGACCGUACAGUCCAAAAACGGCCGCUGGCAAUAUCAUCAUGAUGUUACGAACGUUGUGACUCGGACAGAUGUUAAAAAGUCACCUCCACCAAUAAAGACCCCCAUGUUCUCAGGAAAUGCUUACUUUGUGGUUUCAAGAGAGUUUGUGGAGCACAUCUUCAAAAGUAAAGAGAUUCAAAACUUCAUGGAAUGGGAGAAAGACACGUACAGUCCAGAUGAGCACAUGUGGGCUACAUUACAGCGGAUGCCUUCAGUUCCAGGAUCCAAUCCUCCAAACAUCAAGUAUGAACAAUCGGACAUGAAUGCAAUUGCUCGUCUGGUGAAGUGGAGCUACCAUGAAGGAGAACUGAAGAAUGGGGCUCCCUACACACCAUGCACUGGUUUGCACAGACGGGCAGUGUGUGUCUAUGGAGCUGGGGACUUGAAAUGGAUUGUGAGGCAACACCAUCUUUUGGCAAACAAGUUUGACCCAGAAGUAGACGAUGUAGCAAUCAAAUGCAUGGAAGCCUUUUUAAGGUACAAAGCUAUUUAUGGUCGAUCAUUACUAACAGUUCAAAAUUCUGACGUUAUUUUAUGAUACUAGUAGUGAUGUAUUCUAUAACGGUCUAUGCAUUUUUCUAAAAAUUGUCAGUGUGAAUGUCUUAUUUAUUUGGAUAGAAAUUCUGCCAUUAUUGUUUAGUUUUUAUACUGGCAUACUUAUUGAUAAGACGACAUAAAUGGAUAAAUACAACUAAAAUAUAUAUAUAUAAAUAUAUGUAAAUGUAUACUUAAAACUUCCCUUUGUUUUACAUUUUAUUUUUUUGUAAAAGAAACAUGUGGAAU